CCUCCUCCGUCCUGCAUUUCUAUCAGCAAACUAGCAAAGGUCCAUGUCCUCUGUGGCUCUGUCGCUCUCUCUGUCUCUCUCGGCCCUCCCGUGCUAACUACGAUUAGGGUUUCAAAUCGCUUUUAAGCGCUGCAAAAUCACUGCCGGGGAGGCGUCGUCCUUGGAGUUGUCCUGCUGCUGGAUGCCACCGGGUGACCCGCGCCGCCGCCAGUGCGUGUCCUCGGAGCCGCGCCGCCGCCAGAGCUCGUCCUCGGGGCCGCCUCACUCCGGCGAUCGACGGGGACGGACACGGCCGGAGCCACCGCAGGCGGCGCUCGUGCGCUGCCUGCCACCAGCAUCGUAGCAGGUCAGCUGCCGAAACCCGCUGCCUUCCCCUAUCUUUCCUUGUGGAUUUUGCUCUCCAUAUUGCCAGGAUCUGGUGAGAUAAUAUCGCUUGGUUAGGGAACCAGUUAGCAACUGAAAAGGAGGAUCCUUGUCAGAUGUCUGGUAGAUCCAACGGUCACUAUCCUGCUAAUGGUGCAAAAGUUCUUCAUAUGAGACAUAGGAAUAAAGAGAAGGUACAGCUUGACAGAAAUGAUGCAGCUUCUAGGGCCUGUCAGAAGGACAGGCAACAUAUUGAGAAAUUGGAAAUAGAACUGAUGAACUGCUAUCAGGAAAUCGACUAUUUGCAGGAUCAGUUAAAUAUACGGAAUGUUGAAGCAAACAUCAUGGGUGAACAUAUUCACAGCCUUGAACUGAAGCUGACUGAACUUGAAAAGUUCCCGGAAAGAGUGAGAGUUAUGGACAAUGAGCUGAUGCGAUCUGAUUCUCAGUGCUGGAUUCUGAUGGAAGAAGUUAGAUGUAAAGAAGAGGAGUUGCAAAAGGCAUCCUCACAGAUAAAGAAGCUUGAAAGUACGGUUUUAGAUUCACAAAGCGAAAUUGAGAGCUUGAAACUUGAUUUAACUAAUCUUGAGCAGAGACUACUUGAUGCUGAGAGCUUUGCCCAACAUGCCGCUGAGCACAAAGCUCGCAUCGACAAACUAUUGGGAGAACAUGAGCUCCAGCUGCGCGAAGCACAAAAAACUAUCGAUCAACUUGUACUGGAGAAUAAGCAAUUGAAGGAGUUUUCACCUGUAAAAGGUCCCAAACCUUCUACAUCUGGGGAGCAACUUGACAAAACAUUGGAGAACGGUGGUCAUGCAGAAUAUGGAAGUGAUAAUUUAAUUCUUGAAAGGAUGGCAAAACAAAAUGUAGAAUCUGAACUUCUAAUUGAGCAGCUCAAGGAAGAGCUUCGAGAACAAAAGUUAAAGGCAAAAGAGGAUGCUGAAGAUCUCACCCAAGAAAUGGCUGAACUAAGAUACCAGAUAACAGGCAUGCUUGACGAAGAAUACAAGCGUCGAUCUUGCAUUGAACAGGCAGCUAUUCAACAUAUUCAGGGGCUGGAGACUCAGGUUUCCAAAGAGAAGACAAAAUUGAGUGGGGCACUUAGGCGAUUGCAGGAAUCACGUGAACUAGCUCACAAACAAGCUAUGGAGAUUAAGAAGUUGAAGGAUGCUUUAGAGAGGUUUAACUCCGCGGUGAACCUGGGGACAGUUUGCAAGUCUUGCUCUUGCGGGUUCUGUGCAAUGUUGAUAGAGUUGUCUAAUUGCUCGAUCGAAGGGUCAUCGGAUGCCAGAUCUGCCAAAUCCAACCACAUUGAUGAGGAGUUACAGAACCACGCGCUAAUAGAAUGGCAUCCUGAUGAAGCUUCAGAUGGUGACGAUGGGUAGGAAGUUAGAUCGCGCAAUGGCAUCAUGUACAUUUGAGUGUGCGAUUGACCAAUUGUUGUAGAUAAUUCUUUGGGUUCGCCAUUGCUGCCUGUAAAUGCAUAUGCAUUUUUUUUUUGAUAAUUGCAUUUUGUUACCUUAGCUGUUCGAUUUCC